AUGGCCACCCUCCUUCGCAGCAAGCUGUCCAACGUGGCCACCUCCGUGUCCAACAAGUCCCAGGCUAAGGUGAGCGGCAUGUUCGCCAGGAUGGGUUUUCAGGCGGCCACCGACGAAGAGGCGGUGGGCUUCGCGCAUUGCGACGACCUCGACUUUGAGCACCGUCAGGGCCUGCAGAUGGACAUCCUGAAAACCGAGGGCGAGCCUUGCGGGGAGGAAGGCGCUGAACCGCCCGUCGAGGGAGACAUCCAUUACCAACGCGGUGGCGGGGCGCCCCUGCCGCCCUCGGGCUCCAAGGAUCAGGCCUUGGGGGCUGGUGGAGAGUUUGGGGGCCAAGACAAGCCCAAGAUCACCGCGUGGGAGGCGGGCUGGAACGUGACAAACGCUAUCCAGCCCUGCAGGGGGAUCUACGCUCCCAGGCCGUCUCUCCCGCCCGGAUCUGCACCCUUUCUCGCGGUCCGAGCCGCAGGGCGGCUAGGCGGAGGCUCGGUCAGAGCCGCUCUCCCUGAGACCCCGCAAAGGCGGCGCCGGACUCCGCCCGGAGGAGGUUUGUCGUUGGCACAACGACCCCGGGAGCUGGCGAAGGCAGGCAAGCCGCGACUCGCCAGGCGGAGGGGGUCUCGGCCCUCGAUGUCCCGGGACCCUGCGGGUUGGCACCCUCAGCGUCCUCGGACCGCACAGUCGUUGGGCAUGUUCGUGCUGGGCCUGCCCUACGCCAUCCUGCACGGCGGCUACCUGGGUUUGUUCCUCAUCAUUUUCGCCGCCGUGGUGUGCUGCUACACGGGCAAGAUCCUCAUUGCGUGCCUGUACGAGGAGAACGAGGACGGCGAGGUGGUGCGCGUGCGAGACUCGUACGUGGCCAUAGCCAACGCGUGCUGCGCUCCGCGCUUCCCCACGCUAGGUGGCCGCGUGGUGAACGUAGCGCAGAUCAUAGAGCUGGUGAUGACUUGCAUCCUGUACGUGGUGGUAAGCGGCAACCUCAUGUACAACAGCUUCCCAGGGCUGCCCGUGUCGCAGAAGUCCUGGUCCAUCAUCGCCACUGCAGUGCUGCUGCCCUGCGCCUUCCUUAAGAACCUCAAGGCUGUGUCCAAGUUCAGCCUGCUGUGCACUUUGGCCCACUUCGUCAUCAACAUCCUGGUUAUCGCCUACUGCCUAUCACGGGCGCGCGACUGGGCCUGGGAGAAGGUCAAGUUCUACAUCGACGUCAAGAAGUUUCCCAUCUCCAUUGGCAUCAUCGUGUUCAGUUACACGUCGCAGAUCUUCCUGCCUUCGCUGGAGGGCAACAUGCAGCAGCCUAGCGAGUUCCACUGCAUGAUGAACUGGACGCACAUCGCCGCCUGCGUGCUCAAAGGCCUCUUCGCGCUUGUUGCCUACCUCACGUGGGCCGACGAGACGAAGGAGGUCAUCACCGACAACCUGCCCGGCUCCAUCCGCGCCGUAGUCAACAUCUUCCUGGUGGCCAAAGCACUGUUAUCCUAUCCGCUACCCUUCUUCGCCGCAGUCGAGGUGCUGGAGAAGUCACUCUUCCAGGAAGGCAGCCGUGCCUUCUUCCCUGCGUGCUACGGCGGCGACGGGCGCCUCAAAUCGUGGGGUCUGACGCUGCGCUGCGCGCUGGUAGUCUUCACGCUGCUCAUGGCCAUCUAUGUGCCGCACUUCGCGCUGCUCAUGGGCCUCACCGGUAGCCUCACCGGCGCUGGCCUCUGCUUCCUGCUGCCUAGUCUCUUCCACCUGCGCCUGCUCUGGCGCAAGCUGCUAUGGCAUCAAGUCUUCUUCGACGUCGCUAUCUUCGUCAUCGGGGGCAUCUGCAGCGUGUCCGGCUUCGUGCACUCGCUCGAGGGCCUAAUUGAGGCCUACCGAACCAACGCGGAGGACUAGGGCGCGAGGGCAAGCCCAGGCAGCACUCCCGCGCUCUUCCCGCCUCCCCACACAUUCCACCCCCUUCAGCCCCGAGCCCCUGCCUGGCCGCCGUGCUUGGGAAGCCAAGCUUUAAACAUCUCUGGUUCCUCAUUUCUGAUUAUUGGGGAUGGGGGGCGGGAAGGGAUAGGGAUCCACAAUCCAUCGCGUCUGCAUUUCUGUUGUCCUUUCUUUUCCACUACACCCUGGUUUUGGGGGAAGCAGAAGCGCAUUUGAGGGCAGGGUUUUCUGUCCUUCCUAGAGGGACCCCGACACUUUGGUCCCAGUCACCAAGGGGGGUGGGAAGGGAGGGAGAAGGGGCGCAGCUCUCAGGCGCCGAACUUGACCUUGGGUGACAUUUCACAGCCAUCCAGUGCUCGGAAUCUGCUGUGUUCCAGCCGUUUCCAGCAAGAGAGCAUCCCGGGACGCAACGGGAAGUGCUGGCCGGGAAAUCCAUUUCCAGGAGAGGGCGAUUUCUUUGGCGAAGCGGGGAGGCGACAAGCCGAGGAGGGGCCGGCUUGCCUGCUGAUUUUCAGGAAUCCAAACUCAUCUUGUGCAAUGUAUCAGGUUGUGGAACUGUUCUACUGUGUGUGUGGUGUGCUUGUGGUGAAUAAGAUGAAAUGUAUAUCAGAAAAAAAAUCUAUCUCUAACUUAGAGUGCGGUGCAUAAUAAUAUCCGCAAAUAAAGAAGAAACAAAGGCGCCAGGGGCCUCUUGUCAGUUCUGUGUUUUUGCAGCCACGGAGAUCCAGGGCGUUGGGAGGCUGGGGAAACCGGCUCUGGCCUGACCGGGUGAAGCAGGGAGUGGAGGAGCAGCUGUAGUGGAAGGGUCCCAGGAGAGCUGCA